UGUCAAAAUUUGAGUUUUGUUUAUUGUUUAUUUACAAUUUACAAAAUACAUUUUACAAUUACAAAAUAGCUCACUUUGUUAAAUAUUUUGUUCGUAAUGCAUUUACCUAGUUUGAGUGAAAAAUAGUGGCAAAGUGAAGGCGUCUACGGCAAUUUAUUCAGAGAUGUCGGACAAUGAAAUAUCAGAAACAGAGAUGGAAGAUUUCGAAAUAUCAUCAGAAUUAUAUGAGGAGAAUGAUUACAAAUCAAGAUCUAAGCCUUCAGUAAAUCCAAAAAAUGUAGUUAGCAAAUUUUCGUUCAAAUUACCAACAUAUUCCAUAGAAGAUUCAGAAGGAGAUUUAAUAGUGCCCCGAAGAAAUUCUGAUCUCGAAUCAGAAAAGGAAUCAAUUGAAAUAGAACACAGCUGCAGCACUAGUUUGGAUCUUGUUGGUCACCAAAUAUGGAGAGGUUCAUUACUACUAUCCGACUGGUUACUUCACAAUGGAAAAUCUAUUUCUAAAGACGAGUAUAUUCUGGAAUUAGGCAGUGGAGUCGGUUUGACUUCUGUUAUAGCCUCCCUGUUUUGUCCAGUUAUAUGCACAGAUGUUAACAGAGGUCAGAUAUUUGAUAUAAUUAAAGCAAACGUCGUUAGAAACAGGCAUAUAACGAAAUACCCUGUGGAAAUUGAGGAACUAGAUUUUAAGGUUGAUAACUUAUCAGAAAGGAUUAUUGGUUUGUUGCCGAAAGUGUCUAUUAUCAUAGCAGCAGAUGUUGUAUACGACGAUCACCUUACAGACGCUUUCAUCAAAACUGUACAAAAACUUCUAGACAUUCCACCCAAAAGAGCAUUGUACGUCGCACUAGAAAAACGCUACGUAUUUACUAUAAGAGAUUGUGAUACAAGUGCCCCCUGUUAUGACUACUUUGUUGAAAAACUAAGUACUUUAAAAAACUUGACGAUAGAAGAACAGACUACAGAUUUUCCACAGUAUUUUGUUUAUGAUAAAGUUAAAGAAUUAGUGUUGUGGAAAAUAACAUCGAAUUUUUAAUAUUAUUCUGUCAUAUUGUGUGAUAUUAUUAAAUUAUAAAU